AUGGUAAAUGAAUGUCCCGUCGAGCGCUACAGAUAUUCAUCGGACACGACAGAUGCGAAGUCCUCACAUUCGACAAUAGCCUCGGAAAGCAAGUACAACCAAGAUGCUCUGCUCGAGAUGUCUGAUUCCGUGCGGUUAUCACUCCUCCGCGACAAUGCUCUCGGACCUUGGCAUGAGAAGCUCAGCAGCUUUCUCCAUACUGCGCUACGGGACGAGGAAAUGGAUGACCCAGUGAUCGACCUCGAUCGCAUCCAGCACGCCCGGCUCGACAAGUUGCUCAAUGAACUCCUCAACUAUGCCGAGUCCGUGCGCAUCACGAAGUUUUCGGCACACUUCGCGCUCGGCUUUCGCGUGGACAUGUCGAAUGCUAAGAACUUGAGGCGAGCAUGGAGGCGUCGAUAUCGCGAGCAAUACUUCAUGCUGGACCAACGACGAUGUGCUGUUAUGGUAGAAGGUGGCCAUCUCAAGGACGUGUCUUUCAAUGCCUGUCUGAUUUACAACCUGAGCAAGUGGCAGACAAUAGGUGCAAGUCCUGUCUCCGAGAUUGAAGCCAACCUACAGUUUGAGCCAGGACAUUGGUGGCUGAACAUUACUUGCGCUGAGCGUGACGGCAUAGUUGCUGGCUCAUCAGAGAACCUGACCAAAGGCCGUUAUGGCAUUCCCACUCUGCCAUUACUAUCAGGAAGAGAAGAGAUCGGCAAUGGGGAGACUGGCCAAUACAUUCGAGAAGGAACAGCUCAAGAUAUGCACUUCUCUCUAAUCUCACAAGUUGGUCGGCAGAUCCGCAUCUUGAGAGGUCACGGCCUUAAGAGUAUUUUUGCACCCCAGGCUGGGCUGAGGUACGAUGGACUAUAUGUCAUCAAGCGAUACGGCCACAAGCACGACGAAGCCACAAACGUGCAUCGACUAGUCUUGACACUCGAGAGGGUUCCGGGCCAGAGGCCAAUGGAAGAGACACAGAUGAUUCCGAGACCUGCUCAGCUCGAUGACUGGGCAUUGUACGAAAAACUCGAAGGCGACAAAAUCAAGAUGCUUGACGGAGAAGCGACCUAUCUUGAGUGGAAGCUGACGCGUGAAAGAGAGAAAAUCGAGCGUGAGGACUGGAGAAGGGCCAGACUUUUCAGAGCGUCUGUCCAGUGA